UUCUGCCUCCCGACGAGGUGGACGUCUUCUUCAACCACCUCGACUCGCAGGGCAACCCCUACUACGCUAACCCGGCCCACGCUCGAGCGCGCGUCUCCUACAGCCCCGCGCACGCCCGCCUGACCGGAGGCCAGAUGUGCCGCCCACACUUGUUGCACAGCCCCGGGCUGCCCUGGCUGGAUGGGGGCAAAGCAGCGCUCUCGGCUGCAGCGCACCACCACAACCCCUGGACCGUGAGCCCCUUCUCCAAGACGCCACUGCACCCCUCCGCUGCUGGAGGCCCCGGAGGCCCCCUCUCCGUGUACCCAGGGGCAGGGGGCGGGAGCGGGGGAGGCAGUGGUAGCUCUGUGGCCUCCCUCACCCCCACGGCGGCCCAUUCUGGCUCCCACCUCUUCGGCUUCCCACCCACGCCACCCAAGGAAGUGUCUCCCGACCCUAGCACCACUGGGGCUGCCUCCCCAGCCUCCUCUUCUGCAGGGGGUAGUGUGGCCCGGGGGGAGGACAAGGACGGCGUCAAGUACCAGGUGUCUCUGACCGAGAGUAUGAAGAUGGAAAGCGGCAGUCCCCUGCGGCCGGGCCUGGCUGCCAUGGGCACCCAGCCUGCCACACACCACCCCAUCCCGACCUACCCCUCCUACGUGCCAGCUGCCGCCCACGACUACAGCAGCGGACUCUUCCACCCUGGAGGCUUCCUGGGUGGCCCUGCCUCCAGCUUCACCCCCAAGCAGCGGAGCAAGGCACGCUCCUGCUCAGAAGGUCGGGAGUGUGUCAACUGUGGGGCCACAGCCACCCCUCUCUGGCGGCGAGACGGCACCGGCCACUACCUGUGCAACGCCUGCGGGCUCUACCACAAGAUGAACGGGCAGAACCGGCCGCUCAUCAAACCCAAGCGGAGACUGUCGGCUGCCAGGAGAGCGGGCACCUGUUGUGCGAAUUGUCAGACUACAACCACCACCUUAUGGCGCCGGAACGCCAACGGGGACCCUGUCUGCAAUGCCUGUGGCCUCUACUACAAGCUGCACAAUGUGAACAGGCCGCUGACCAUGAAGAAGGAAGGCAUCCAGACCCGGAACCGGAAGAUGUCCAACAAGUCCAAGAAGAGCAAGAAGGGGGCUGAGUGCUUCGAGGAGCUGUCCAAGUGUAUGCAAGAGAAGGCCUCCCCCUUCAGCGCGGCCGCUCUGGCCGGACACAUGGCGCCUGUGGGCCACCUCCCGCCCUUCAGCCACUCGGGACACAUCUUGCCCACCCCGACGCCCAUCCACCCCUCCUCCAGCCUCUCCUUUGGCCACCCCCACCCCUCCAGCAUGGUGACCGCCAUGGGCUAGGGACGGCCCCCCUCGAACCGACAGACCACGCCGAGGAAGGCGCUCCCAGGACGGGUGGACCCAGCCUUAGCUUCCCGGCCUUGCAGCGCCGCCGGAGCCCCGGGCCACCUCGCCUGCCCAUGGGCACUCCACUCCCUCGGCCGUCACUGUGAAGAUUCCCGCGGGCUGGGAGGCCGCCUGGGCCUGGCUGCCACCCAGGUGGGGUUUCCACCACGGACAGAUGUUUGGAGAGCAAAAAGGACAACUUUAUGAAGAUAAAGGGAGGCGGCAAGGGACAAAUGAAGAAAACUGUUUUCAGAAGAAAAGGGGAGCGGGCAGAAGUAAUUUAUUUUGCUCUUGUUUCCAGCAAGGCCUGGGAGACCUGGGAGGCCUGAGGUGCCCCGCGUUCUCGGGUCUUCCUUGGUGCCAAGUGCCACUUGGCUGGCCCGCUUGCCAGGCUCCGGGGGCAGGUCUGCAGGGACCUCAGCCCACCCUCUCCUCUGGCUCCCUCUCUGGAACAGCUGGUCCCAGGCCGGGCGGGGCCAGUCCAGGAGGGGCUGCCGGUCCAGCCCGGGAGGCCGAGCCGGUGCUGGCCAGGGAGGCAGGGCCCUGGAGGGCAGAGACAAUCACAGGCGGUCCCGCGCAGAUUCCCAGGCCAGGGCUGGGUCACAGGAAGGAAACAACAUUUUCUUGAGGGGGGAAACAUCUCCCAGAUCGUUCCCCUGGCCCGGAGGCUGAAGCUGGUGUGACCUGUGUGCCCUUUUUGGGCUGAGCCACAGCCUGCCUUUUUGGCCAGGUAGACCCCUGUGUAUAUACGUCCUUUUUCUGAUAACCCCUCAACCCCCUCCCCUCCAAAUCUGAGACAAAAGAAAAAAUAUUAAAAAAAAAACCUGCAUAAGCUUAACUCGCUGAUGAGUUAGUUUUAUUUUUAAACUCUUUUUGGGUCCAGUCAGUUGUAUGUCACCAUGAAAAGCCCUUGCUGUGGACAAACCAAGGCUGUAGCUUCACAAUUAUGUUUGGAGAAGUUCUUGGACCCCACAGCCCUGGGCUGAGGAGUGGGGGCCAGGGGGGUGCCGGGGGGGUACCAGGGGGGCCUCGGCUGCCCUUGGCUUCCAGUGGCCUGGCAGGUGGCGAAGGCAGGAGCUGGGGCUGCGUCAGAGCCAGGACCAGGACGGAGGGAGAGGCCACGCCCUGCCGGGUUCUGCUCUGCUCUGCAGUGGCUGUCUGGAUCCUUCCCGAGGUACAGCUGUACAUAACUGUGUCUGAGCUGGGAGUGUGUGCAGCGGCGGUGGGGUGCGGCGCCGGCGAGGGCCCGGCCGGGGAGCGGGCUGUGCUGACGCGGCCGGCCAAGUGCAAUACGGGCAGGCGAUCGCUGCCGGGCUCCGCAGCCAGAAGUAACUUAUUUUGUACCAAUAUCCGCGUAAGAAAAAGAAUCGGCAGUAUUUUCUGGUUUUAUGUUUUAUUUGGCUUGUUUUAUUUUGGAUUAGUGAACUAAGUUAUUGUUAAUUAUGUACAACAUUUAUAUAUUGUCUGUAAAAAUUGUAUGCUAUCUUCCUAUUCCUUUAAAGUGAAUACUGUUCAGAAUAAUAAAAUACUUUUUGUGGA